AUGACGGUUCGCGACGCGCUGAACAGCGCGCUGAGCGAAGAGAUGGCGCGCGAUGAAAAGGUGUUCAUCAUGGGCGAAGAAGUCGGCGACUACCAAGGCGCGUACAAGAUCACGAAGGGCUUGUUACAAAAGUUUGGCGCCGAUCGCGUGCGCGACACGCCCAUCACCGAGGCUGGGUUCACUGGUCUUGGCGUUGGUGCCGCUUUCAUGGGUUUGAAACCGAUCGUCGAGUUUAUGACGUUCAACUUCUCCAUGCAAGCCAUCGACCACAUCGUCAACAGCGCCGCAAAGACGUUGUACAUGUCCGCCGGGGCGAUUUCCGCUCCGAUCGUUUUCCGCGGCCCGAACGGUGCGGCUGCGGGAGUCGGUGCGCAGCACUCUCAGUGCUUCGCCGCGUGGUACAUGUCUAUUCCGGGUUUGAAGGUGCUCGCGCCGUACGACGCCGAAGACGCUCGCGGUUUGAUGAAGGCGGCGAUUCGCGACCCGGAUCCCGUGGUGUUUUUGGAGAACGAACUCUUGUACGGUCAAGAGUUUGCGUUGCCCAAGGAAGCCAUGGACGAAGAAUUCGUCCUUCCGAUCGGUAAGGCGGUCGUGAUGAAGCCCGGCGCGGACGUGACCCUCGUCGCGUUUUCGAAGAUGGUCGGCUACUGCCUCGAAGCCGCCGAACAACUUCGCGAGCAAGGCAUCGACGCGGAGGUCAUCAACCUCCGCUCGCUCCGCCCGCUCGACCGCGGCGCGCUCGCGGCUUCGGUGCGUAAAACCAACCGCAUGGUUGUCGUCGAAGAGGGCUGGCCGCAGUGCGGCGUCGGCGCGGAGAUCGCCACCGUCGUCAACGAGGACGCCUUCGACUACCUCGACGCCCCCGUCGAGCGCAUCGCCGGCGUCGACAUCCCGAUGCCUUACGCCGAGAACCUCGAGAAGAUGGCCCUCCCCACGGUGGAAGACAUCGUUCGCGUCGCCACGCGCGUGUGUUAUCGCGACUAA